AUGAGCGUCCUAGAUGUGAAUACUACUGAUGAUGAGAGAAAGAGUCGAAAGAGAGAUGCAGACACGGCGGAAAUCGAGAUUGACAUUGAUGCACCAGAACCUCCGUCUAAGAAGGCAUUGCGGAAAGCAAAGAGAGCAAAAACAUCAAUAAAGAACGACUCAGUCCUAAAGACUGACGCGACUAGACCGUCUGCAAAUCUUCCAAACGAAACCCGUGAGAAUACGAAGCGUUCCGGAUUUGGCAUUUGGAUAGGAAAUCUAGCAUUCAGUACGACCAAGGACGACCUCGUCAAGUUCUUCACCCAGAAUUCAAAGAAUAUCAUUCAUGAAGACCAAAUUACACGAAUCCAUCUACCUCAGGGACAGCCAAAAUUUGGUAAGCCUGCAAACAAAGGAUUUGCCUAUGUUGACGUUUCCGAUGAAAACACUCUUCAAACCGCUCUGGAGUUCAGCGAGGGCCUUCUUGGUGGACGUCGAGUUCUGAUCAAGAACGCCAAGGACUUCGAAGGCAGACCCGAGCAGAAAAAGGGAUCAGAGGGACGGCAGACGCUCCCCCCAAGCAAGCGCAUCUUCGUGGGCAAUUUGGGCUUCGACACCACUGUGGAAGAGCUCGAGGAGCACUUUGGUAUCUGUGGACCAGUACUGCACACCCACAUGGCCACGUUCGAAGAUACGGGGAAAUGCAAAGGCUUUGCCUGGAUCGACUUUGAGCAGCUAUCAUCGGCCGAAUCUGCAAUGCGAGGCUGGGUUGAACCCCGACGCACCGGCGAUGGACUUCCUACAAACAAUCGAUUUUCGAGGCAGAGGAUUUGGCUUCAUACUCUGAAAGGCAGGAAGUUGAGAAUGGAAUUCGCAGAGGACAAAGCUACUCGCUAUCAAAAGCGAUAUGGAAAGCAGGCGAAAUUGGCAAACUCCGGGCAAGGGCCUGACACUGAGGCAGAGGAACCGAUACAAGAGGUCGCCGCGGACGCAACGGCCACACCCGUUCUGCAAGAUCCUGAUAAAGGGAAGAGAAAGAGGGCUGGUGGGAGAUAUGGAGAAGAGACAGUGCAGAAGUUGACCGGAGCCAUUGUCGAAAGCAAAGGUCAACGAAUCGUGUUUGAAGAAUGA